GGGAGGAUCGAGAGUCAUGGGUUUAGCUCUUGUGCUUGCAACGUCAUCACCCUCUUUUGAUAGAGACCUCUAUCUAGGGGAAACACGGGUUAAAGGAGUUAUAAAUGUCAGCGUCUCCCGUCUCUUCGGUGGCACGUUCUUGAGGUCUUGAGUGUGCCAAUUACCUGUAUGUAGUUGGUCGUUCACCAUGAUCAUUCUCGGUCUUCUCUGGCUCAGCCUUUUUAGGGCUGAAGCGGCAUUGAGCAAAAAGUCAACAACAAGCUCUUCCCUCUCAGCUGCGUCACCAACGGUUUCUAUCCAGCACUAUGGAACUAUUCGCGGCGGUCGUUCAGAAUACAUAGAUACGGUCUAUAGCUUCAAGAACAUUCCCUAUGGAGGCGCCCCGACUGGGGCGGAGAGAUGGAAGCAUCCGCCGCACCCGACUCCCUGGAUAGGAAUUCGUGAUGCUACAGCUUUUGGUCCUCCCUGUCCGCAGCCAGGUGUCAGCAAUUAUAGUGAAGAUUGUCUGAGACUCAAUGUCUGGACUCCUGAAAACGCAACAUUCAACGAUUACCCCGUAUACGUGUGGAUCCAUGGCGGACGCUUUACCGGCGGAUCUUCCAGUGAUCCUCUCUAUGAUGGAUCUGGACUUGCGAAAAAGGGAGUCGUGGUUGUCAGUAUGAAUUACCGUCUCGGUGCUCUGGGAUUCCUGGCCCAUCCAGAACUGAGUGCCAACUCCUCCAGUGGUACUUCUGGCAACUAUGGGCUGGUGGAUCAACAAGCUGCUUUCCACUGGACAUAUGAGAACAUCGCAUCCUUUGGUGGUGACCCGUCUCAGAUCACCAUUGGGGGUCAAUCAGCUGGUGCAGCAUCAGUUCUCGACCAUGUCAACAGUGACCUAGCCGCGGGCCUCUUCAACCAAGUGAUUGCAGAAAGCGGAGCAACCUAUCCCUCUAAUCCGCUCAUCGGGAGUCUGGCACAGAGUUAUCGCCAUUUACCGGAGGCUGAACAACAAGGUGCAAGUUUUUUGAAAAGCCUUAACAUCAGCUCCAUUGCGGAAGCGCGAGCGGCUCCUGUUGAGCUGCUUUUGGCGGGUAGUUCCCUGAACGACAACACAUAUGAUGACACAGUCUUCCAAAACGAUUCGGUAUAUAUGGAACCGCCGCUCUUUCGCCCAGUUCUCGAUGGCUACGUCCUUCCUGCCACUUAUGAAGAGAUGCUCCGACGAGGGAACCAUUCCAUUGUUCCUGUCCUGACUGGAGUGAAUAAGGACGAAAAUGGGGCGUCACCCAACCCAGGUCUCGACGUUAGGAAUUACACCUCAUUACACACUGAGGAAUUCGGAAGCGUCGGUUUGGCCAACGAGUUCUUUAAACUAUACCCAGCAGGAGCAAACUCCACCACUGCUGAUGAGGCCAGUAACGCUUUCUAUCGAGACCAGUCUCGAGUGUCGACUUGUCUUUGGGCUAAUGAAUAUGUUGCUGGCUCUUUGCUGAACACAUCCGGUAACGGUACAUAUUCGACAUAUACAUACUACUGGACCCAUGCCCCUCCAGGCCAAGACCAAGGCGCAUAUCAUAUGAGCGAGAUCAACUACGCGUUUAACAAUCUCUAUGCCACAGAGAGACCGUGGACGCAGAAGGAUUACAAGAUUGCUAACAUCAUGUCUGAUUAUUGGGUCAACUACAUACGAACUGGGAAUCCCAAUGGCAAGGGACUUCCAUAUUGGCCUCGGAACUCUGUCAAUAGUUCUAUGAUCAUGGAGCUAGGAGAUGCGUGGGGUAGAAGGCCUAUCGCGAGUAAGGAAAGGAUCUCUUUCAUCCGUGACUGGUUCUCAAAGUGGCCGGCCUAUUAAGUAGUACUGUACAUAUUUACCCUAUAUCUAUUUCUUGUCGAUUCUUCUUGCUUUCUAUCUCGAGUUUUCUUAGAGUCCUCGUAGAUCC